UUUGCUUAGAUCUUAGCAAGCCUCCAGUCUCACCAUGAGGGAGUGCAUUUCCAUCCACAUCGGGCAGGCUGGCGUGCAGAUGGGCAAUGCCUGCUGGGAGCUGUACUGCCUUGAGCAUGGGAUCCAGGCGGAUGGGACCAUUCCUGGCCCCAAGCAGGUGAAACCUGUGGAGCCAAAGUCCGAACAAGUGGAUUCUUCUUUCGAGACCUUCUUCUGUGAGACAGCGUCUGGGAAGCACGUGCCCCGGGCAGUGUUCAUAGACUUGGAGCCCACCGUCAUUGAUGAAAUCAGGACUGGGACCUACCAUGCGCUCUUCCACCCAGAGCAGCUCAUCAGUGGCAAGGAAGAUGCUGCCAACAACUAUGCUCGGGGCCACUACACCAUCGGAAAGGAAAUUAUAGACACUGUCCUCAGCAGAAUUCGUAAAAUGGCUGACCAGUGCAGUGGACUCCAAGGGUUCCUGGUCUUCCACAGCUUUGGGGGAGGCACAGGCUCCGGGUUCACCUCCCUCCUCAUGGAGAGGCUCUCUGUGGAGUACAGCAAGAAGUCCAAGCUGGAAUUCUCUGUGUACCCAGCCCCUCAGGUCUCCACAGCAGUGGUGGAGCCCUACAACUCCAUCCUCACCACCCACACCACCCUGGAGCACUCAGACUGCUCCUUCAUGGUGGACAACGAAGCCAUCUAUGACAUCUGCAACCGCAACCUGGACAUUGAGCGUCCCACCUACACCAACCUCAACAGGCUGAUUGGGCAGAUCGUCUCGUCAGUCACGGCCUCCUUGAGAUUUAACGGUGCUUUGAAUGUUGACCUGAUUGAAUUCCAGACCAACCUGGUGCCCUACCCACGAAUACACUUCCCGCUCACGACCUAUGCACCCAUCAUCUCAGCAGAGAAAGCCUACCACGAGCAGCUGUCGGUGCCAGAGAUCACCAACGCCUGCUUUGAGUUCUCCAACCAGAUGGUGAAAUGCGACCCACGCCGUGGCAAGUACAUGGCAUGCUGCCUGCUGUACCGGGGCGACGUGGUGCCUAAGGAUGUGAACGCGGCCAUUGCAGCCAUUAAAACCCGCCGGUCGAUCCAGUUUGUGGACUGGUGCCCCACAGGCUUCAAGGUGGGUAUCAACUACCAGCCUCCCACGGUGGUGCCUGGAGGAGACCUGGCCAAGGUGCAGCGGGCUGUCUGCAUGCUGAGCAACACCACGGCCAUUGCGGAGGCGUGGGCCCGCCUGGACCACAAGUUUGACCUGAUGUAUGCCAAGCGAGCCUUUGUGCACUGGUACGUGGGGGAGGGCAUGGAGGAGGGGGAGUUUUCGGAGGCUAGGGAGGACCUGGCUGCCCUGGAGAAGGAUUAUGAGGAGGUUGGAAGGGACUCGGCAGAUGGAGAAGAAGAGGCUGAUGAGGAUGAGUAUUAACAAACUGCAGUCUGUUCUUAAUGAAGUCAAACCUCAGAUGAAAUACCAAACCCUCUGUCAUCAGGCUAAACUGGUCCUGAGUGCCUGGAGGUGCCAAAGGACUGUCCUGAACCUCAACGCUACUGUUUGACAUAUUAUACCUUUUCUGCUUGCAUAGUCUACGUGCUCAUAGUGCACUUCUGUAGCAUGGGUGUCUCGAGCUUUAUCACACUGCUGUUUAUUGAUGAGUGAAGCUGAAUAGGUGCCUGACUUAGUGUUGGGGAUGCAUCCUGCCUAGGCAGAGGAUCCUGGUUCCUAGUCCAGGGGAAUGUUGCAAGCUGCCUGCUUUGGCUGAAAUGGCAAACUCUUGCUGUGGCUUUUACUGUAAAAGCACCUUUUAAUUAGAAAUGCACCUGUACACUUCUAUGCAACUGUCUUUUUUUUUUUUUUUUUGUAUUUGAAUAAAGACUUUUUUUUUUUGCUCUGAGUUCUUUGGAUUUAACCAGGGUGUUUGUGUAGUGAGGUCCCUACUGCAUGGAUGUCAUCUUGGGGAGAAGAGCAAUGCUGAUAAGGGUGUGCUCUGGCUAGGCCAUCUGUGAGGAUGAUCAACCUUAAUUAUUGCUGUGAGGGAAGUGUCCUAUAUACUGCAGGGACUUGUCUGUCUGGAGCUGGAUGCUGUUCUUAGAG